AUGGUCCGCGUACAACAUCCUGCUAUAAUCGCCGCAUUCUUGCUAUGCUUAGGAAGUACUUCUGUACUUCAAAAGAAGGAAGAAAGCUGGGACACGUUCGAUGGUGUUCAAGAAGCCAAACGCAGCGAUGAGUCUGGAUUCGGAGUCGUGAUCGAAUCGAACGACGGAAGGACAACGACAUUGUCUGCGGAUGAAGUCAACAAGAUCAUCAAGGACGCUUGCGGUAGUGACCUUUCCAAGUCGAGCAUCAUCCAAAGGGACCCCGACGAGAGCCACGAUGAAGGCGACGCCACCCCCGCUGUUUCACCACGCUCUCUUUCCGGGCCGCGAGUUAUUAAUCCUUCGGGCUACCCGUAUUCUGCCUGCGGUCGCUUCGACGGCAACAACGGUUACAGUUGCUCCGUGACACUCGUGGGACCACGCCUGGCAGUAACAGCCAACCACUGUAACCAAGGGAAAGCCGGAAAUUCGGAUUUUGGGAAGGUCUACCCAGCCCUCUAUGACACAAAGGGAACGUAUGCAAGAGUUGACAGGUGGCUUCGGAGCAAGGCCUUUUCUGCUGAAGCCGAUGACGCGGAAGUCUUCGAUAUCGCAGUCUUGGUGCUUGAUCGGGACAUAGGGCAUGAUUUCGGUUGGAUGGACGUAGCCUCGCGGGUGGAGGAUGAUUGGACAGGAAAAACCUGGUUCCAGAACGUGGCCUACACCGACGCGAAAGACGAUAUGAAAAAGCCAGUAUAUCAGGAAGGCAUCUCCUUCAAAAGGGGAAACCUGCGCAACGGCGCCGGACCUUUACACAGCGACGCAUUGGGAUAUGGUGGUUCGGACGGAAGUUCGCUAUGGUAUUACAGAGGGGGGCGAGGCGUGAUAGUCGGCGUGGCAUCUACGCUGGAUAACCGUAACCUCGUUUUCGCAGGCCAAGUUGGAGUUGCACCUUCUGAGCUCACGAGACUUGUCACAGUGGCUCAGUCAAAAAUUCCCCUUUCGUAA